CAGAGAGAAUGCAUUCAGGCCUGUCGGACAUUUGUCAGAGUUGGUCACCAUGACCCCUGCUGUAACCCCCAAAGAAGAAACUCCAACAUGUGCAGGAUGACUGGCUCGAGCAACUGUUGAACCCCAGAAUGCUUGUGAUGCCAGUGGGCAGGGCAUUCUCCUCCCACAACGUUGCACCUGUCACACUCACCUGCUCCUGGCUGUUCCUGCUCUUCUAUGCUGCCUUCGGUCAGAAACCUGCAAAACUGCCCCUAAUUAGUCGGAAACCCUUCAUUGCCGCCUGGAAUGCUCCAUUUGACAUGUGUACUAUCAAGUACAACAUCACGACCAAUCUUGACCGCCUAUUUCACAUCCAAGGAAGCCCACGUGCUGAUUGGACAGGCCAGAACGUCACCAUUUUUUAUGCCAACCGGCUAGGCAAUUAUCCCUACUACGCUCCGCACGGUAGCGCCAUACAUGGCGGGUUGCCUCAAAACUGUAGCCUGGACCAGCACCUGCUUAAAGCUUAUCAGGACAUCACUCACUUUAUCCCAGCACAGGACUUCCGGGGCCUAGCUGUCAUUGACUGGGAGUUCUGGCGGCCUCAGUGGAGUCGUAACUGGCACAAGAAGGACAUCUACCGGCGGAAGUCCAAGGAGUUGACCAUGAAGGCAUAUGUUAAUGUAACUGCAGCUCAGGUGGAAGAGCUGGCUAGGCGGCGGUUUGAGAAAAGUGCCAAGAUGUUCAUGCAGCAGACAAUCCAGUUAGGUACACGGCUUCGUCCCAAUGCCCUUUGGGGUUUCUACCUCUAUCCUGACUGUCACAACUACAACUUGCAUGAGAAGAACUACACUGGUCUCUGCCCCUUGCAUGAGAGGGUGAGAAAUGAUGAGCUAAUAUGGCUGUGGAACAGCAGCACAGCACUGUUUCCUUCUGUGGCGAUCAGGAAAAGUCACACAGACAGCAUCAGCAACCUUCAGUUCUCCCAGCACAGGAUCAGAGAGUCGCUCCGUAUUGCCUCACUGACCUCAAAGGAGUUUGACCUUCCCACCUACGUGUACCUCAGGCUGGGUUACCGAGAGGAUGCCCUGGCCUUCCUGACCACAAAAGACUUGAUCCAUACUAUUGGAGAAAGUGCUGCUCUGGGAGCUGCAGGAUUCGUCAUCUGGGGGGAUCUGAACCUGACCUCUUCUAAGCAUAACUGUUCUAUGGUGAAGUCUUUCCUGAACCACCGCCUGGGUCAGUACAUCAUCAAUGUGACACGGGCUGCUGAAAUCUGCAGUGACUUCCUGUGCCAGGGCAAUGGCCGCUGCAUUCGCCGUGACCCCCGUGCCCGCCAUUACCUCCACCUGAGCGCUGACAGCUACCAAAUUAAUCCUUCUGGAGAUGGAGACUUUGUUGUUACUGGAUGGCCCUUGCAGUACGAACUACAACUGCUGACUCAGAGGUUUCGCUGCCAUUGCUAUGAAGGUCAUGAGGGAGACAGUUGUGACAGCAUCAACAAAGUGAGAGAGGACGACAAACUGUGGAGGACAAAUGAGGAAGAUGAACGGGAAAGAAGAAGGACAGAGUGGGAAGAUGAGCAGAGUGGACAAUAUGAAAGUAGGGAGAGUGCUGCAAUGUCAACCAGCUGCAGUCACCAUAUGAUCCUAUUUAUGAUCAUGUUGGACUUUUUAUUUGUAAAGGUGGUUGUAUAACGACAAGAAAGGCCAAAUUAAAUGUGGUUGUGUACA